AUGGCAAAUUCUGCUUGUCCAAUUGACGAUCUGCAACUCGACGAUGUGAACGAGUUCGAUGAAUCUGCACCACUGACUGGAGAAAAAUCUUUAGCCCCGUCGAGCGUACCAUGGCCUGGCCUCACUCUUCCACACUUCAAUGGUCAUGUUGCCGCACUUGGAAGGUUGAAGAGGGUGAUUGUUGCAUUGAUACCUAGUUUCAUUACGAGCAAUGCAUCAACCACGCCCUCCAAAUCCGGGAUCGCAGCCCUCGACGGCUUGCGAGGCCUAGCAUGCCUAUUUGUCUUCAACGAACACUAUGUCAUAUGUUAUCAAUCACGAGACACUCAAGUAUGGAUCAUGAGGGUUCCAUUUAUUCGCCUUCUGUGGUAUGGAAAGGCCGCUGUCUUCCUCUUCUUCGUCAUCUCCGGAUAUGUCUUAAGCUACAAACCGCUCAAAUUGAUACGAUCAAAAUCAUAUUCCGAAUUUCAGAAGUCCAUAUCAUCAUCAUUUCUCCGCCGGGGGAUGCGUCUCUACCUACCAUGUCUGAUAGUCAGCCUCAUUGUCUGCUUUCUAGCAUACUUUGGCUGCUUCGCCCUGUCUUCUCAAAUCUACGAAGACUAUCGAAACUUUGUCUUCCUCAAAGAGCCACCUCCCCCACAACGAGACCUGUACACGCAAUUACUCGGUUACCUGGGGAAUAUGGACUUCAUCUUUAGCGGUACAGUGCCCUUCGACAAGAGCACGGACGUUCAUGACUACUUCAUGUACGAUGAUCAUCAGUGGACCAUUCCUAAGGAAUUCCGGAGCAGCAUGGCAGUGUUUGCUGUCCUCGUAACCACUUCCAGAAUGCGAAGUCUAUAUCGGAUGACCAUCAUCUUCGCACUGACUUGGUAUUCCAUCUCCACCUAUCGUCUUUAUACCUCUUUGUUCUUCGCCGGCAUGCUGUGUGCAGAGUUGGAUCUCAUCCGCCAAACUUAUUAUUCCAGCUUUGACAAGCUGCUGCCCGAUUUCCACACUGAAAAGUACAAACGAGGUUGGCGAGCUUUACUACAUGUUCCUGAUGUCGUUCCAAAGAUCUUUUGGUCGACGCUCUUCGCUCUUGGGGUAUUCAUGAUCUCUUCGCCCCAAGAAAUCCAACAAACACCCAACUACCUACCGACUCUUUUCGCUAGAUGGGGUUUCCAGGACGUCGACAACACUCUCCUGACUAUUGGAUCGAUUUUCUGCGUCUGGAGUGUUGCAACUUGUCCAUCCCUUGGUCCCUUAUUCAACAACCCAUUUGUCUGCUACCUCGGCAAGAUAUCCUACGCUCUCUACCUGGUCCAUGGCACUGUGAUCAAAUCAAUUGGAUAUCGCGUUCUCCCCUGGACCCUUCGAACCGCAACAUGGGCACCAGCCGAUCUCGCGCUGGGUCUUGAAUGGUGGCAGGGUGUUCCGGCCCACCAGAAGGUCGUGGCACAUCUACUUGGAUGGUGUUUCGUUGGAACGACUUGCUUCUGGUUGUCAGACCUGUUUUGGCGAUUCGUCGAUAUCCCGAGUGUUAGUUUUGCGCGCAAAGUUGAAAGCUGGGUUACUCGUGGAGCAGAUGACGAUGGUGUUGAGAGUGUUGGGCCCGCGAUGAUCUCGCCGCCAGCUAUUCCUAUCAAUCACCAUCAUCGACAGAGAGCUGCGAGCAUGGGCCAUCAUGGUGAGAUGCAGCGAAGCAGCCAUUUCCACGAACAAAGCUUGUUGUCGCCAGCCUCUCCCGAAGGAUCCAAGAGGAAGAAUGGGUGA